AUGUCUGCGGAGAGCGUUUGUUCGGUCCUGUUCCUGCUACUGUUUGUGGCGUUUGUUCCGCCCAGUGUACUGACCACCCCGCUGGACGACUACGUCAACAAGCCGGACCCUCACUACUCCUACCACGAGGUGUUGGAAUGGCGUCUGAAGGGUCCCGGUUACACCAUGUACCUCCUCAACAUGACCUCACAACAAUGGCUCACAGAAGAGGAAGUUAGCCGCCCGAUCUGGUGGCACUUCCUGACCGUCACUAUCCCAGACAACAUCACCCACCCUGAGGCCGGGUUUAUGUUCAUAGAACAAGACGAUAAUGAAAACCCGGAAAGCCUUCCCAACUAUAACGACAACUUCAUCGACCUGACCCAAAUGUUUGCGGUGUCAACAGGAAGUGUCAGCGCGGACUUGAAACAGAUACCAAACCAAAGUAUCCUGUUUAAGAACGAUUCACUACAAAAGAGCCGAUCAGAAGACGCCAUCAUCGCGUACACGUGGAAACAUUUCCUGGACAACCCGGACCAGCCCGACUGGCUGCUCAGGAACCCUAUGACAAAGGCAGCUGUGCGGGCGAUGGACACAGUGCAAGACUUUGUGAAGAAAAUGACGGGGAAUCAGCCGGAGAAGUUUCUGGUGGCAGGAGCGUCAAAGCGCGGUUGGACCACGUGGACCACUGCUGUGGUAGACAAGAGGGUGUUCGCUAUAGUCCCUAUUGUCAUGGAUCUCCUGAACAUGCAAAAGAAUCUGCACCACUUUUACCGAACACUGGGAGGUUGGACGUUUGCCUUUGGUGACUACUAUGACAUCAACAUCACAGCUCGGCUUGACGAUCCGAAUUUCGAGAAAAUGGCAGCCAUCAUUGACCCACUCGCAUAUAAAGAUCGCCUGACGAUGCCUAAGUACAUCAUUGGCUCGGGAGGUGACGAGUUCUUCAUGCCGGAUGAUUCCUACUUCUACUGGGACCAGUUGGAAGGAGAGAAGUAUAGAAGGUGGAUACCAAAUGCUGAACACACUAUGGCGGGUCAUGAAAUCAGCCUGUUCUUUGGAAUCCGGACGUUUUUCCUCAGUCUGGUUGAGGACUCACCCCGACCAAAGAUGACGUGGACGAGACAAACGGGCACAACAAGCGGGAUGAUAACACUACACACUAACAUAAAACCUAUGAACAUCCAGUCCUUCCACGCUCGCACACUUGAUGGGAAAAGACGAGACUUCCGACUGGUAAAUCAGCCGCCCGGAGAGACGAAACCACAGCCGCACCCCGUCAUCUGGCUGCCUCAGGACGUGCAGGAUAUGGGAAACGGAACGUACGUUGCAGAGUUUGAUAUCCCUGCUGUCGGGUGGCUGGCGUUCUUUAUACAGGCCACGUUCCCGGCUCCCCAUGGAACUGCUCUUGAGUUCACCACCGAGGUGCACAUCAUUCCGGAGACAUUCCCCUUCCCAGAGUGCCACGGGGCAGACUGCAGGGGAACUCUACUCUAGAACCAUCACCUUGGGUUAUCUGUUUCUGAAAGUGCCUCAUUGAGGUUCUUAACACACACCUUAAACAUGUUGUUUGUACGGGAGAAGGCUUUUGGAAUAUACACAAGUCAAUCAUAGUCAAUGCACGCAAUACAAUAUGACAGUAGCGGACCACGCUGCCGUCUGGUUAUAACAAGUUAGCAAAUGAUAAUAACCUACAAACGAAUACUGGUAUAAUGUUAACAAAGCAAUUUUUGUGUGUUCUGUUACAGCAGUUUUGGUAUCCGGAGACUUUUACUAGAAAACUAUUCCUCAUGGCUUCUUAAGAAUCUCACUGAUAGUCAUUGUCAGUAAAUGAUGAUUAUACGAGACAAAUGUUGAACGAAGACAAAAAAAUUCCAUUGUUUCAGUAAACUUCUUCCAUCUG